UCUUUCAAGGUCGAGUCCGAGGGUGCGGGCUUGGACCUGGGAGCUGCGGCGCAGGAGUCCGCGCACUGCCCAUGGACUCGCCGGGGGACCCCGAAGGCCCACGCCCCCCAGGAGGUUACAGAGAGCAGCGAGGCCGGAUGUACCUCUGUGGCUUGGGUCGUGUCUCUUUAACAGCAAUUGAAUUAGCUUUAGCGUGGUUUGUUUGCGAGAGAUUCGAAAAGGAGGGGCCUGGCGGUGGGGCUCGGGUCAGCGUGUUUUUUCUCUCUGGAAAGGGUUAAAAUUUGCGCACUGGGGUGGUGCGGAUGUGGCCUCUAAUGACUUUCUCUCUGUAGCUCUACUUUUAAGUACUAUGUGUUUAAGAAUGCAUUCAGGUGAUGGCCCUCCAGGAGGUGCAAGGGAGACAUCCAGGCAGCUUUCAAGAGAACAGAUUUUUGUACUGAUAUCAGCAGCUUCCAUUAACUUAGGUUCCAUGAUGUGCUAUUCUAUCCUUGGACCCUUUUUCCCCAAGGAGGCUGAAAAGAAAGGAGCCAGCAAUACAGUUAUUGGUAUGAUCUUUGGAUGUUAUGCUUUCUUUAACUUGCUGGCAUCUUUGGUAUUUGGAAAAUAUCUUGUACAUAUUGGAGCAAAAUUUAUGUUUGUAGCAGGAAUGUUUGUCUCAGGAGGAGUUACAGUUCUCUUUGGUGUAUUGGACCAAGUUCCAGAAGGACCCGUGUUUAUUGCUAUGUGUUUUCUAGUGAGAAUAAUUGACGCAAUCAGUUUUGCUGCAGCAAUAACCGCAUCCUCUUCUAUCCUUGCAAAGGCUUUUCCAAAUAACGUGGCUACAGUAAUGGGAAGUCUUGAGACUUUUUCUGGACUGGGUCUAGUACUAGGGCCUCCUUUGGGUGGCUUCUUGUAUCAAUCCUUUGGCUAUGAGGUGCCUUUCAUUCUUCUGGGAUGCAUAGUUCUGCUGAUGGUUCCCCUCAACAUGUGUAUUUUACCUAAUUAUGAGUCUGAUCCAGGGAAACACUCAUUCUGGAAACUCAUCAUUUUACCCAAGGUUGCCUUUAUAUCCCUCGUCAUUACCUCACUCAGCUCAGGUUUUGGCUUCCUUGAUCCUACGCUGUCCCUCUUUGUUUUGGAGAAGUUUAAUUUACCAGCUGGAUAUGUGGGACUGGUAUUCCUGGGUUUGGCACUAUCCUACACCAUUUCUUCACCGCUGGUGGGCCUACUCAGUGAUAAAAUGCCACAUCUAAGGAAAUGGCUUCUCGUUUUUGGAAACUUAAUCACAGCAGGGUGCUACAUUCUCUUAGGACCUGCCCCAUUCUUGCACAUUAAGAGUCAGCUCUGGUUGUUGGUGCUGAUAUUAGUCAUAAAUGGUAUCUCUGCUGGAAUGAGUUUAAUUUCAACUUUCCCAGAGAUUCUCAGCUGCGCACAUGAAAAUGGAUUUGAAGAAGGAUUAAGUACCUUGGGACUUGUGUCAGGUCUCUUUGGUGCAUUGUGGUCAGUUGGUGCUUUUGUAGGACCAACGCUGGGAGGAUUUCUGUAUGAGAAAAUUGGUUUUGAAUGGGCAGCUGCUCUGCAGGGUCUCUGGGCUCUGACAAGUGGACUAGUGAUGGGCUUGUUUUAUCUACUGGAGCAUUCAAGGAGAAGAAGGAGAUCUAAACUUCAAAAUAGCCUCGGCACAGAGGAGGAACGGACUGCUCUCUUGCCUGAUGAAACGUAGCCUUACCUUAGGGAUGCCUACUGAAACGGGGCUGGGAGAUGGAUGCUCCUGGCCUUGAACUUCAUCGCUGGAAGGAUUUUCCUAAUUUUUACACACAAAACUCCAUGGACUCCACACCAGCAUCCUGAAAUUGUUAACAUAGUUUUGGAUGAUCCUGUGUUGGGCUGCACAUACUGUUGUCCUGAAGAGCUGGCCUGCUGAACCAGCCGUAUUUGAAACCUUAAGUAUGCAAAGAGUUGUUGAAAAUCAACAAAAGUUUUUGGUUUUGAGUGACCAGAUGUGGCCCUGAGGAUGUUACUGACUCUAGGUGUCCUGUUUCCUCUGUUUACUUUUUAUUCUGAGGGCACUGAUUCUGUGACUGUACCCUUUUUAUUAACAGGAAAAGAAAUGAUUUGAGAUGCUUAACAAUAAUAUAAAGAUAACUCAAAAUAUACAGAAUAAUUACUGUGAAAUCAGUUUUUAAAAUAUUUGCUUUCUCUGUGUCCUAAGAUUUUUUUGUUUUUGUUCAAAAGGCAAAAUUCCAGCCUACCAUGGGAAAACUCUAUUGCAUACCCUGGCCAUCAGUUCUUCUAAAACUUUUGUUUGUAUGAAAGAUACAAGAAUAAUAUUACUUAACACUUCCAAUUUUGUAACAUGCUGUGAAUUAGGAUCUGGAUUUAUAAAUAAUGCUUGGUAUAAUAUUAUUCAUUUCCCUUAAUGUCUCUGUUUUAGUUCUAUCAUUUAAAAAAAAAAACAUACUCCCAAUAGAUGUAUCCCAUUCCCAGAGCAAGUGAGCCCCCAGGAAUGCUUGUUCUAUGUUAGGGAAGGGGUUCCUCUGACUUCAGGUAAAAUCCAUGCUCUCGUUUGAAGUGAGUGAAUCUCUGCUGUGCAACUCUCACCUCCUGAUCCAUUUUUAUGCUGUAGUAGCCCCAUUUACCCACCCACCCCUUUUUAGUAGAAUAAAUGUUUUUUAUCUGUUUA